GUCAGGACAAGAAGCGGGUUAGGUUCUCAUGGUAACAUUCACCCAAAGCGCCGUUUCCUAGUAAAUUACUAACUGCACGGUAAAUAAAUAGUCUCCUUAGAAACAUCUUUCCCAGUUAAAUAGAUCCCGGCUCUGCUCCCCCCUCGCUCCCCCGCGUUGGUCCUUUCAUGCAUUUCAACAAGUCGGAGCAGUUCACAAUCCAAAACAAGCCGCGUUUAGCUCCUGCCGGAGAGGGAAAUAGGCACCGAAAAGACUGUCAUUUCGCCGACAAAGGAAGGCAGUCGAGUCAAUAUGCUUAUUUCACCAGCGGAGAGUCCAGCGGGUUUGAUGGAAACCGAAUGAGACAGGCACGGCCAAUCCCUGUUCUACGCGCCCACGGUGCAGGGCAGAACGUGGUGGAAAAUCCCCGGGAGUUUGAUGAGACAUCGGGGACAGCCCUGGGAAUUCAGACCGGUGGCAAGAUGGGCAACCCCGUCCCGUCGGGCUGCUGCGUGGUGCUCGCCGUGGUGGUGAUGGUGUACGCGCAGAGGCACAGCCAGCUGGACUCCCACGUCCAGUACGAGCGCCUGGGGGCGGACGUGACCAUGCAGUGCGGGGCGGUGGACUGGGACGCGGCAGUGACCUGGAUGGCCAACGGCACCGACAUGGAGGCCUCCCAAGUCAACGGAUCGCGCCUGAUCCUGCGGAACGUCGACCUGGCGCAGAGUGGCCAGUACACCUGCUACGAGGGGGCCUCCUGGCACCUCAAGUACCAGACCUACCUGAGAGUGGGGACCUCGCCCAAGGAGCCCGUGCUGAUGUGCCGAUCCAACAACUACCCCAAAGGAUUCUACUGCAGUUGGCACCUGCCCAGCCCUACCUACAUCCCCAACACCUUCAAUAUCACCGUCAUGCACGGCCCCAGAGAGCUGGUCUGCGAGAAGGACGCGUUCCCCAAGAACAGGUGUCACAUCCGCUACCACCAGCUCUUCUCCACUGUGAAGUACAAGGUGACCUUGACGGUCACGAACGCCCUGGGGGCUCUCGGGGCCGGCACAACCGAUCCACGGCGUAUUCGGCAGAACCUAGACGCUACGUGGCCAUAUUGCCCAACGAGCUGUUAUUGGGUGAGUGAUAAAAAUGUGCCAUGGGAGGAAGUUCCCUGCAGCUUGUUUGUACCGGGAGUAGAGCUAAGGCAACCCUGUCUUGUGAAACAGCAUGAAAACGGGCUAAGAAACGGCAUAAAAAGACCUUUCUGUGUUUUUCCAGUAAAGCCGGACCCUCCGGAGAACGUGGUGGCCAAGCCAGUCGCCAACAACCCCCGGAGGCUCGAAGUGAGGUGGCAGAAUCCUUCCUCUUGGCCUGACCCCGAGUCCUUCCCGCUCAAAUUCUUCUUGAGGUAUCGCCCCCUCAUCCUUGACCAGUGGCAACACGUGGAGCUGUCGGACGGGACGUCUCACACCAUCACCGACGCCUACGCCGGCAAGGAGUACAUCAUCCAGGUGGCCGCCAAGGACAACGACAUCGGCACGUGGAGCGACUGGAGCGUGGCCGCGCACGCCACGCCCUGGAUGGAGGAGCCCAAGCACCUCACCACGGAAGCCCAGGCGGCAGAGACCACGACCAGCGGCACCUCCUCCUUCCUGCCGCCCCCCACCACCAAGAACUGCGACCUGGAGGCCGUGGUCGGCAGCGGGGCCACGGCCCUGACCUGGGCAGCGGGGCUGGGACUGGCAGCAGCUGGCAUCCUGUUUAUUUAGUAAGUAUCCCCCUCCUCC